AUGAUUCACGAUCAAAACCACUUUCCAUCAACAAAAAUCAAGACCAUUGAUUCCAAAUAUACACUUGUCGAUACUAGAAAACACCAUAGCAGGUUUCAUGAAAAUAAAAAUUCUAACUGCCGAUGGAAAGGAAUCAAUCUUCAAAAUCAUGUGUCAAAGAUUAACGGGGAUGGAAGGCAACGGCUCUGCGGUGACUGGCCGGUGGUGAGAGUAGUGGUGGAGGGUUGCAGGUCGUCGAAGAUGCACAACCUUAGACCAACAUGUAAAUUUCCAUCUUUCUUGUGUCGAUAUUUGGGUGGCUCUCUCUCGUUAGCUUUGUUAGAUCUCUUCCUUUUCUUCAGUGACAUGGAUAGCAAGAAGCAAAGUGAGAAUUUGAAGAACAUUGAACCUCAAUAUGCCAAUUACUUGAAAGCAAAGUACUUCUCAGAUAAAGAUAUCUAUGGAGCUGGUUACCUUUAUGUGGUGUCUGUGCGCUAA